CACGCAGGCGCCAAGUAACCUCCGAGACGCGAGUGCACUGCGAUGUACGCGCUCCGGGUCCAGACCUCGGACGGGAGCAGCUCCCAGGGCAGCGACAGCUACCAGUCGCUCGUCCUGGACGACGUCGAGAGACCACAUCGGACGCCACCGGUGCGCGACCCGCCGCCCGUCGUUUCGCCAGCGUCUCCGUCCGCAUCCGCUUCAUGGGUCAACAAAAUUGGGUCGACCAUGUUCAACAAGAUCAAAGUCGCACCCACAGACCAACCUCGCACCGAGCGCCCACCGCAGUACGCACUACCGCUGCCCCGCGACGAGCUGAGGAUAGCCAUCUCACCGUCCAAGCACGACGACCGCGAGGACGCCAAGCCCGUGCUGGCGAAAGCAGGCUCGCUCGGCCAGAGCCUCGAUUUUAUCAAGGUCUACUGCAGUCCCAAGCGGCAGCCGAGUCCCAAGAUCAAGCCCAGUGUCGACAUGACCAAGCAGCGCCGACCACCGCGUAUGGUAUCGACGCCCGUUCUCGGGUUUGACGAGUAUGGCCACGACGACGACGACGACGACGACCGUGACGACGUCGUCGACUGCAUGCGCCGGCCGUCGCCGAAACGCACGAACGACGUUGUCCCGACGCAGGUGGUCCCAGUCUUGCAGAGCUUUUUCGCACGGCCCAAGGUCAACCCGCGCGCCAAAUCCAACUCGAUCCAGUCGGUCGACAAGCGCAUUCACCGCCAAGAGCAGUACAAGCGCGACCUCAACCGCCACGACGCACUCCGCGCCGCCCAUGCUACCCAGCGCCAAGUCGACAUGCAACUCGUACGCAUUGAGGCGUGGAAGCAGCAAAUGCGGUCGCUCAAGCGCCAGCGGCUGCGCGACGUGGAAGACGCCAAGCUCAUGCUGGUGCAGCGCCAGGCCCACGAAGCCUCGCUACUUGCGGCCACAAGAGACGCGUGGGAAGCUGCCUUUGAAGACGACGUCGCGCAGCUCAGCGCGGCUUUUGCCAAGAUCAAGCGCGGCGACGACCGGCCCAUGACGACCGCCGGGUCGGUCAUGCACGAAGCCACGUCGAUCGUCGAGCGGGACAAGGCGCUCGCGACCAGCGCGCGCGCUCAGACAGCGCCGCUUGGCGACAAGAGCAGUAGCCAAAGCCGGCAUCCGCGGUGCCACGUCGUCGACGAAGCCAUUUCGGAGCGCAGUCGGCCCAGUAGCAGCAACAAGUCGGAGGAGAGCCUCACCGAACAGCACUCGUGGGUCGAGACGUCACAGGACGUGCUAGAGUUAGCCACAGUCGUCCGAGACAAGGACGACGACGACGACGUCAAGGACGACGAGAGAUAGGCAGACGUAGCCGAGUUAGUGUAGUAAUAGUACCUUAGCGUUCGCAGUUGCAUGCGCACCACCGA